GUAGUUCUGCAGAUUGACGUUGGCAACGUUAGUCUGUGCACAGCGGGACUACAGUACCCAGAGUGCACCGCGGCCCGCAGCCUGUAACCGAGACUGAAGGACGAAGAGACGAUGAUCGUGUUUGUGCGGUAUAACCUGGGGCCAGGGGUGGCCGUGGAGCUGCAGGAGGAGGCAAGUGUGGCUGAGCUGAAGGAGGUGGUGGGGAAUCAGCAGGGAGUCAGACCGGAGCAGCUCAGGGUUCUGUUUGCUGGGAGGGAGCUGCAGAGCUCUGCCACGCUACAGGGUUGUAACCUCCCGGAGCAGAGUACCAUCCAUGUCGUCCUCCCUCCUUCAGGAUCCUCCUCCUCCCGGCUGCUCCUCCUGCAGGAGCGUCUGUCUCUGGUUGGGGAGGAGGAGCAGGACAGCCUGACCAGGCUGGACCUCAGCUCCUCACGCCUCCCCACCACCUCCACCGGCCUGGCUGUGAUCCUGGAGGGGAGCGAUGGAGGAGGAGGUGACGGAGGAACAGAGGAGGCGCAGACUACAGGAGUGAAAGGUGUGCAUACCUGCAGUACUUUCUUCGUGUACUGUAAGAGCUGCAGGUCGGUUCAACCUGGAAAACUGAGAGUUCGCUGUCAGAGCUGCAAACAGACAACACUGACUCUGAGCAGAGGUCCGUCCUGUUGGGAUGACGUCCUCCUCCCUGGUCGUAUCCAUGGCAUCUGUCAAUCAGAUGGUUGUCAUGGUAAUGAAGCGGAGUUCUUCAUGAAGUGUGCGUCCCACCCAACCUCAGAUGACGACCUUUCUGUGGCCCUCGACCUCAUCAUGACCAACACCAGAGACGUGCCCUGCAUCGCCUGCACUGACAUCAUAGACGUGGUCUUGGUCUUCCAGUGUUUGGAGCGUCAUGUGAUCUGUCUGGACUGUUUCCGUCGGUACUGUCAGGCCCGACUGGAUGAGCGACAGUUUGUUCAUCACGCUGUGAUUGGAUACUCUCUGCCCUGUGCAGUCUUCGCCUGUGUUGACGUGUGUGUGUGUGUGUGUGUGUGUGUGUGUGUGUGUGUGUGUGCAGCCGGCUGCGUCAACUCUUUAAUCAAAGAGCUUCAUCACUUCAGAGUGUUGGGGGAGGAACAGUAUGGUCGGUAUCUGCAGUACGGGGCUGAGGAGUGCCUGCUGAUGAUAGGAGGACUGAUGUGUCCAUCACCUGGUUGUGGGGCGGGGCUUCUCCCCUCAGACGGCAGCAGGAGGGUGGAGUGUGACAGACGUGCGGGCUGUGGCUUCGUCUUCUGCAGAGACUGCAGAGGGCGCUACCACGAGGGGGCGUGUCAGACGCAGCCAGCCCCGCCCACAGACCAGGCCUCACAGAGUUUUGUGGUGGGGGAGGAAGCGUCUCUUAGAGGGAGGUGGGAUCAGGCGUCUCAGCUCCUCAUCCAAGAGUCGACCAAACGCUGCCCUCAGUGUUCAGUUCCUGUGGAGAGAAACGGUGGCUGCAUGCACAUGCAGUGUCCUCUGUGCAGAGCGGAGUGGUGCUGGAUCUGUGGAGUCUCCUGGAACAGAGAAUGUAUGGGAAACCACUGGUUUGGAUAAACACACCUGCUCAGGUACAACAGCAGCUUCUCAGACAGGAAGACAGCACCAGAGGACCGUGGGAGAUGGACGCCUCCCCAGCUCAGAUCUGGACGAGUCAGCGGAGGAACGUGAAAUAAACUGACUUCAGAUCAGAUUCAGUGUCACACUGAUCAUGUGAUCGGAGCGUCACAGGUUCAAGAUUGCUGAACAGGAAACAACAUGGAGAUUGAAUAAAGUUUAAACGAAAA